CCGUCUAUCAAGGCCGACGCGAUGGACAAACUGAUCGAACAUGCGUUGGCGGUGCAGAAUUUGUGCAGCACAAUCGACGCCUGCGGAAGGAAGGAGUACAAGCGGGACGUGACUCUGCUGAACGAGCUCGUCGGAAAGCUGCCACCUUCUCUCAAACUCGAUUGGGCGAGGCAUCAGAGGACGUUGAAGAAGGUCAACUUGUUCACCUACAGCAAAUGGAUCUAUUCUGUAGCCGAGGAUGCCUGCUUGGUUUGCGGAACCCAACCGACGGAGAAGAACCAGGAACUUCACAGCAAGCCGAAAAGCAAGGCGUUUUUGAAUACUCAUUCCAACUAUUCGUCUUCAGAAGUUUCAAAACAGAAGCCAUCGGAGUUCCAGAGUCGAAACAGCCAGCCGGAAAGAAAGUAUAGCGAGGCCGGCGCUACCAAAUGUUGUGCAGUCUGUAAGGGAGGUUGCAAGAACGCUGGAAAGUGUCCAAGAUUUUUGGAAUUAUCGUAUGAAGCGAGAUGGGCGACUGUACGUGAACUUCGAAUGUGCCGCAGGUGCCUCAGACAACAUGGUGGAAAGUGCGACGCUAAGCCUUGUGGGAAGAAUAAUUGCACCUUCAAACACCAUGAACUGCUCCAUAAGGACCUCACCGCUACAGGGCCCAGCAACAAUACGAGUCGGCCAACGCAAGAAGAAACAAAUGUAAACACUCAUCUGUCGAGCUCCGGAGUAAGAAUGUUCCGCUAUCUACCGGUUACGUUGUUCGGGGCCAAGAAACAGAUCGAAUGCUAUGCAUUUCUGGACGAUGGUUCGGAGUUAACGUUGAUGGACCAAGGAUUAGCAGAGGAUUUGGAAGUAGCUGGUAAAUCUGCACCACUCUGCCUGAAGUGGACCGGUGGAACUCAUCGUUUCGAAGCGGAAUCUCUGAGCGUUGAUGUUGUCCUAAGCGGGCAAACCGGUAGAAAGUAUACGCUAAAUGACGUACGCACAGUUGGAGAUUUGCAGUUGCCGGCCCAGUCUCUCGACGUGGAUAUCCUGAGGGAAAACUUCCCGUAUCUUCGUGACCUUCCGGUCGCUUCCUAUAAGAACGCUCGUCCACGAAUUCUGAUAGGGGUGAAACAUGCCAGAGUGGCACUCGUACGCAACAGUCGUGAGGGCAAGGAAGGAGAACCAAUCGCCGUUAAGACGCUCCUUGGGUGGACGAUAUACGGUAGCUGCCGCCGCCCCGACUCAAGCAAUGUGGUGCAUCGAGCUUACCACAUUUGCGAGUGCAGCUCGCGCGCUGAUGCAGAUUUGCAUCGUGACGUGAAGAAUUUCUUCAGCCUGGAAGCUCUGGGAAUCUCAAAGCUGGAGAAGAACUGCGUGUCAAGUGAGAAUGAACGUGCCCAAGCUCUAUUGCGGUCGUUGACACGCUUGGAUGGAAGCCGAUAUGAGACGGGACUGUUAUGGCGUUAUGAGAAGAUUCGUUUACCGGAUAGCAAGCUGAUGGCGUUACAGCGGUACAAUUGUUUGGAGAAGCGAAUGGAACGGGAUCCAAAAUUGGCAUGUGUCCUACGCGAGAAGAUCACCGAUUAUUUGGCUAAGGAUUACAUUCGAAAGCUGUCGACCGAAGAGCUUGAGGGAAAGCAGCAACGAGUGUGGUAUCUGCCAAUUUUCCCUGUUGUCAACCAAAACAAGCCCGGAAAGGUGCGCAUAGUCUGGGACGCAGCAGCGGCUGUUCAUGGUGUAUCGUUGAAUUCGGCGCUACUAACAGGACCAGAUGAGCUUACUUCUCUGCCAGCUGUACUGUGUCAGUUUCGUAAAUAUCGAGUUGGAAUUUGCGGCGAUAUCCGCGAAAUGUUCCACCAAGUUCGAAUGCGACCGGUGGACCAACAUUGUCAGCGAUUUUUCUGGCGGGACAGCGCUAACGAGGAGCCAAGCACUUACGUUAUGAAAGUUAUGACUUUCGGUGCUUGCUGUUCUCCAAGUACCGCUCAGUUCGUGAAGAACCAAAACGCGGAAAGGUUCCAAGAGCAGCACCCGGCAGCAGUCGAAGCAAUUAUCAAAAAACAUUAUGUAGAUGACAUGCUGGCAAGUGAAGAGACGGAAGAAGCUGCCAUCGAGCUAGCGAAGUCAGUACGGUAUGUUCACGCGGAAGGAGGGUUUCAAAUAAGAAACUGGAUAUCAAAUUCUCAGCGAGUUGUGGCAGCGUUGCAAGACGGAGGAGUUCCGCAGAAGAACCUGGAUUUGGCAGCGGAGAUGGGGACAGAGAAGGUGUUAGGAAUGUGGUGGGACACAGCGAAGGACUGCUUCACCUUCAAGAUGUCUAAGACACGUUUCGACGAAGCGCUGCUGAAUGGAACGCGUCGACCAACAAAGAAUGAGGUACUUCGUGUUCUGAUGACAGUUUUCGAUCCAUUAGGACUCAUAUCAAACUACCUUAUGCUCCUAAAAAUCGUUCUUCAAGAAGUCUGGCGCUCUGGAGUUCAGUGGGGACAGCUGAUUAAGGACAAGCAGUUCGAGGCGUGGAUAGCUUGGAUAAAACUUCUUCCAUUACUGGAGGAAGUUAGUCUACCGCGUUGCUAUCGUCAAGUAACAUCAGCUAGCCAAGAUACGGACGUACAAUUGCACGUGUUUGUAGAUGCUAGCGAGAAUGGUAUGGCUGCCGCUGUAUAUCUGCGCUUCAAAGAAGCAGGAAAAACAGAAUGCACCUUGGUAUGUGCCAAGACCCGAGUUGCGCCGCUGAAAUAUCUUUCGAUCCCUCGAUUGGAGCUCACAGCAGCAGUAAUUGGAACGAGACUGGCUAACAGCAUGGUGCCAGAGUUAUCAUUGCCAAUAUCCAAACGUUUCUUCUGGUCGGACUCGAGAAAUGUUCUAUGCUGGUUGCAGUCGGAUCAUCGUAGGUACAGCCCAUUCGUAGCAGUACGGGUCAGCGAGAUUUUGGAAUCUACGGAAGACUAUGAAUGGAGAUGGGUUCCUUCCAAACUUAACGUGGCGGACGACGGGACUAAGUGGCAGCGACAACCGGAUUUGACCCCAACUAGCAGAUGGUUCAAAGGCCCGGAAUAUCUGUGGCAGCCGGAAGAAUUCUGGCCCCCAGUUGCGCAUAAAGGUGACGCCACAGACGAGGAACUCCGACCCAGCGUUCUAUUGCAUUACAACGCAUCCGAGCCACCGAUUCCCGCCAUAAACUUUUCAAGCUGGAACCGUCUUUUGCGCGUAACAGGUUACGUGAAACGCUUUGUAUCCAACUGCCGACGUCGUGUAAGGAAGACUACUAUCGUUACAGGACCGUUGUCCAGUGAAGAGUUACAGCAAGCGGAAACUCACCAGAUACUAACAGCGCAGUAUGACAUCUAUCCAGAUGAAAUGGAGCUCCUGAAGUUAAGCCGAAACCAAAAUCAACUGGCUCGUCAAAUCCCGAAGAGUAGUGUCCUCUACAAGCUUAGUCCAUUCCUGGAUGUAAUGGGCGUUCUGAGGAUGAAAGGACGAGUCGACGCUUGCGAAUUUCUACUGGAAGAUGCUAAGAAUCCCGUUAUCUUGCCACGAGACCAUCCUGUUACACGAUUGGUUCUCAUACACUAUCACGAAAAAUUCCAUCACAGAAACCAAAAAACCGUCCUGAACGAGGUUCGACAGCGCUUUUGCAUCUCUCGUUUGCGAGUAGCCCUCAAGAAAAUUAGAAGCGGCUGUCAGCGAUGCAAAAACCGAGACGCAGUUCCAAAACCACCGGAAAUGGCAGAUCUCCCGCUGGGUAGAUUGGCUGCCUAUACUCGUCCUUUCUCUCACGUUGGAGUAGACUACUUCGGUCCGAUUGAGGUCAUUUUGGGAAGAAGGGUCGAGAAGAGGUGGGGGGUCUUGUUAACCUGUCUUACUGUCCGGGCUGUCCAUUUGGAGGUCGCCCACUCCUUGAGCACUAGUUCGUGCAUCAUGGCACUCCGGAAUUUCAUUGUUCGACGAGGGACUCCGGUAUCGUUCUAUAGCGAUAGGGGUACAAACUUUAUUGGAGCGGAUAGAGAGUUGCGAGAAGCACUUCAGUCCGUAGAUCAGGAGACGAUCACGCAAGAGUUCACCAGCCCACAGACGUCUUGGUGUUUCAACCCCCCUGCUUCACCGCACAUGGGUGGUAGCUGGGAACGAUUGAUCCAAAGUGUGAAGAAGAAUUUAGGAGAGAUCGUUGGAAGCAGGCGUCCCAGUGAUGAAGAACUACGCAACGCGCUCAUCGAAGUCGAGGGAGUGCUGAAUGCUCGGCCGCUGACAGACAUUCCAGUGGACGACGAAUCUGCGCCGGCCCUUACGCCAAAUCAUUUUUUACUCGGAUCAUCGGAUGGGUCAAAACCGUUGACAUUGUGCAGCGAUAGCGCAGAGGUUAGGCGGCACGGUCAUGAGCUUUCUCAGGUAAUGGCUAAUCGCUUCUGGCAACGAUGGCUACAGGAGUACCUUCCUGAAAUCACUAGACGCACUAAAUGGUAUCAGAAGGUGAAGGCGAUUGAAGUCGGGGACAUAGUGGUAAUUACAGAUCCAGAACACCCAAGGAACUGGUGGCCGAAGGGCCGCGUAAUCGGGACAGUCAACCGGAACGGACAAGUGCGGAGAGCCACGGUUCAGACGGCGAAGGGGAUCUACGAAAGACCAGCCGUUAAGUUAGCGGUUCUCGACGUGAAGAGCGUAGCGGAGUAAGCCACUUGGAGUUGGCAUACUGGGGGGGACUGUUGCGACCCACUGUGCCGCAUCGCUCUCCAAUAUCUUCUAACCGUACCCCCUAACGAGAACCCAGCGUGCGCCCAUGAAAGUGAGAUGAGUGAUGGAUGACAGCGAUAAGGUUGAUAAGGGAGAUGAUAAAUAGAUAAAGGAACGGAAAUCAAAAGUCAUUGUUACGUAACUGAAUUACAUGCUCAUGCAGCAAAGUUGAGAUAUUUAAUCCUAAAUUAUUAGUGGUAAAUUGACAUGCAAAUUAUUAUAUUUAUCGCUAAAAGCAAGUAAGGAUCAUGUGAAGUAACUUAAAACUAAAUUUGUUCCUAAUUAGUAUACUUAUUACUAGAUUUCAUGCAGUUUAUCCUACGCCGAUAGAUAACCCUACUUCGUACAAUUAUUAUUUGGAACUACAGACCCGGCAGCCGUAUCUAUAGAGAAUAUUGAGGAAUAAGAUUCUCGAAAUAAUUGGAUCUUGAGCGGAUGAGGUGUGACUAAAACGUAAGUCUCUGUUGAGAUAGUUUGGCUAUAAGCAUAAUACGUAAAUUAUGACAUGAUUUUUAGGAUAUUAGAAUACCCUCAAUAAAGGUUAUUGGAGAUCUUGGAAAACGCACUCUCAUUCCGCUGACGAAACAACAAUGU